CAUCGCAUCCCGCGACUGAUCUCAUCUCCUCCUCCUCGUGACAUUUCCAUCCAUAGCCCACUCCAUUCAACUACUCAUUACCAAAACAACCUCCUCUGCGAGCACUCCUACGCGACCUCGGAGUUUGACUCUCGACCUCAUCACCACCUCCGUCGCCUUCCCGCCUCAGCGCCUCCUCCCUCCUCUUCGUCCAUAUCCUCCCCCCUCACACUUCCCGCCAUGAACCGCAAAUACGACACGUUUGUCCCCUCAGCCCUCCCCUCCGCCUCCCUCGGCCGCCGCCGCCCACCAAUCGGCGAGCGCACCUUCGGGCACGAGGAGGGCGACGACCUCGACAAAGCGUACCACGAAUGGAACGUCCGCAUCGACAAGGAGGUCAAGGCUGUCGUCGACGGUCUGGGGGACCUGGUGCGCCUCGCCGAUCUCGGCACCCCCGCGCAGGGAGCACACACGCUCACAGCACUCCAUCUCAAGCUGAAGACAGCCUCGCUUAUCCGCGCCUCGCAGCAGCUGCGGGAUACGGCGCACGAGCUCAGCCUCGCGCUCGCGCUCGGCGACGACGUGGGCGCCGCGGUGCGGCGCGACGAAGAGGUGGGCGCGCUGCGCGCCGAGGUCGAGCGGCUGCGCGGGGAGAUCGCGCGCGAGGUCGGCCAGCGCGCUGGCGGCGACGGGCUGGACGAGGCGGACGAGGCGGAAGAUGCGUUGGAAGUAGGGAACGGAGAAGGAAUGGGCAAGGACGGCGAGAAGGAAGAGAAGCCCGGCGCAGCGAUGGAAGUCGACGAGGACGACGAGGACGAGUUCGAGGAGGUCUAGUGCUCGGCCUGCCGUCUCUCCGCAUCAUGUACAAGUAAUACCCCGCAUCUCCAGUACCAUGCAUAUCUGAGUCGAC